AUGAAGACCUUCGAAAUUAUCCUGCUUUUGGUUUGUGCCAUUAUUGAUAUCCAAGCUUCUGCCUUUGUGAUGAGAUCAUCAGCAAUAAGAAAGCAAUCCCGGUCAUUGGCUCCUUCAACAAAAAUCUGGAAUGAGAAUCUGAACGAGGAAGCAGAAGACCUCCAACGAGAGAUCAACAAAUUGGUCAAAGAUCCUCCUAUGUUUUCAGCUUGGAACGACGAAAAUUUUGAUGAAAAUGCUCUUCCUAUUCCUAUAUUUACGGCGCAAGUAGUCACGAUUGCAUCCGUCGCAUUUACGGCGUGGAUAUACUACCUUGGAUUCAGUGCCCCAACCAAUCCACCAAUGCCAUGA